GGUGGCGGUGGCAGCGCUCCGUAGGCGCAGCGCGGCGGAGCCGGGCCGAGCCGCGGCCAUGGGGCACCCGCCGCUGGAGUUCAGCGACUGCUACCUGGACAGCCCCGACUUCCGAGAGCGCCUCAAGUGCUACGAGCAGGAGCUGGAGCGGACCAACAAGUUCAUCAAGGAGGUGAUCAAGGACGGCAACGCGCUCAUCGCCGCCAUCCGCGGAUACUCCUCAGCAGUGCAGAAGUUCUCCCAGACUCUGCAGUCCUUCCAGUUUGACUUCAUUGGUGACACACUAACAGAUGAUGAGAUCAAUAUUGCCGAGUCCUUUAAGGAGUUUGCAGAGCUGCUGCACGAAGUGGAGCUGGAGAGGUCCAUGAUGGUGCAGAAUGCGAGUGAUUUGCUGAUCAAACCUUUGGAAAACUUCCGGAAGGAGCAGAUAGGGUUCACCAAGGAAAGAAAGAAAAAGUUUGAGAAGGAUGGUGAGAAGUUUUACUCCAUGCUGGAUCGUCACUUGCAUUUGUCUUCCAAAAAGAAGGAAUCUCAGUUACAGGAGGCUGACCUUCAGGUGGACAAAGAGAGACACAAUUUCUUUGAGUCCUCCCUAGAGUAUGUGUACCAGAUCCAGGAAGUACAAGAAAGCAAGAAAUUCAGUAUUGUGGAGCCGGUGCUGGCAUUUCUCCACAGCCUCUUCACUUACAAUAACCUGACAGUGGAGCUGACACAGGAUUUCCUCCCAUACAAGCAGCAGCUCCAGCUCAGCCUGCAGAACACGAGGAAUCACUUUUCCAGCACGCGGGAGGAGCUGGAAGAUCUGAAGAAGAGGAUGAAGGAAGCACCCCUAACCUGCAAGCUGCCUGGGCAGCCAACCAUCGAGGGCUACCUGUACACUCAGGAGAAAUGGGCGCUGGGCAUCUCCUGGGUGAAGUAUUACUGCCAGUAUGAAAAAGAGGCAAAAACCUUGCGGAUGACACCCAUAGACCAGAAGCCUGGAGCUAAGCAGGGCACCUUGGACCUGACCCUGAAAUCCUGUGUAAGGAGAAAGACUGACUCCAUAGACAAAAGGUUUUGUUUUGACAUUGAAACUAAUGAAAGGUCUGGGACCAUCACGCUGCAGGCACUCUCAGAAGCCAACCGAAGGCUGUGGAUGGAGGCCAUGGACGGGAAGGAGCCGAUUUAUCACAGUCCCAUCACGAAGCAGGAAGAAAUGGAGCUGAACGAGGUGGGCUUCAAGUUUGUUCGGAAGUGCAUCAAUGCAGUGGAGACCAAAGGAAUCACUACGGAGGGCGUGUACCGGACUGUUGGCAGCAAUAUCCAGGUGCAGAAGUUACUGAAUGCCUUUUUUGAUCCAAAAUGCCCUGGGGAUGUGGAUCUCCAGAGUGGGGACUGGGACAUCAAGACCAUUACCAGCUCACUGAAGUUCUAUCUCAGGAACCUGUCUGAACCCGUCAUGACGUACAAGCUCCACAAAGAGCUGGUCCUGGCUGCUAAGUCUGAGAACCUGGAUUACAGGCUGGGAGCCAUUCAUGCACUGGUGUAUAAAUUGCCUGACAAGAACAGGGAGAUGUUAGAACUCCUCAUCCAGCACCUUGUCAACGUCUGUGAGCACAGCCGGGAGAAUCUGAUGUCACCGUCCAACAUGGGGGUGAUCUUUGGGCCCACCCUCAUGCGAGCACAGGAGGACACUGUGGCAGCCAUGAUGAACAUCAAGUUCCAAAACAUCGUGGUGGAGAUCCUGAUAGAGCACUUUGGGAAGAUCUACUCUGGCCCCCCCGAAGACACCACAGCCCCCCCGGUGCCCCCACCCAGGGUGGCUGCCCGGCGGCACAAACCCAUCACCAUCUCCAAGCGUCCCCUGAGGGAAAGACCUGUCUUCUUUGGUGCCUCUGUGGAGGAGAGUGGAGCAGAGAGGCUCGGCCAGACCCCCAACGGUGGCGGCGUGGAGGCCCCCAAGCCCCUGCACCGCAGCCGCCUGCCCGCGCCCCGGCCAGGCGGGGACGAGCCGGGGCGUCCCCCCGCUGAGAGCCGGCCCCAGCCGCGCGCUGAGCCCGAGCUGGGGAAGCCGGGGAACAGGCUGCAGGAUGGAGGGGCGAAGCCAGCUGCCAGGGCGGCCAACGGGGUGGUGACCAGCCCUGCCCUGAGGACCGCCACGCUGCAGGCCAGGAGACCGGCGCCCCGGCCGGGCAUCUGUGGCAGAGAGGGUGACUGUGAUGGUGUCCCUAAGCCACGUUCCCAUGGUGAUAAGCCUGUGAUAACGCGUCCCCCUGUGAGACCUCCAGAUCCACCGUGCCGGACUCCCAUCCCUCCAAAGCUGGAGCAGAGGCCAGAUCUGAUAGCAGGGACAGCAGAGGAGAUGCCCUCGUCUGUGGUGGCCUCUAGGACCAAGUUUUUUGAGACGGCGUCCCGAAGAACAGGCAGUUCUUCAUCACCACAAGGCAGGAUCCCAAGUGAUGAGAGCUGAGGCUAAAGGCUUUGUAAGCACACUUCAGCCCAGCUGGACCCAGGAGACUUUCUGUGCUUGUGACCCAGGAGUCAGAGCUGAGCCUUGCCAGCCCCAGUGCCCUGGAGAGCCGCUAUCUUACUGGACGAUGAUUCACGAGCCACAAGUGGGCUCGGAGAACCACAAAGAAAUUAAGAGAGGGAGACUACAAUGGAGGGCAGGUCCUGCCUACACAUCUGUGUUGAACUUUUCCGUGCCCUCCCACCUCUCCUCUCUCUCCUCUCCCGUGUGUGCCCGUGCAGGUGACGGCAGCAUGGGCAGGGCUGGGGGACACAGACCGCCUGUGGAAGGGACAUGGAGCCCCUGUUCACCUGCUCACUUUCAGGAAACACGCCUUGAAAAGCGUGUAUGGACAGCACAAGGGCUGAGUCCCUGUGUUUGGAUGCAAGGGCAAAACAGCUGCAGUCUCCCCUUGCCCUGCUUGCCCUAAGAAGCCCCUUCCUUUGUGCUUGGUGAGUGUCAGUGUGUGGGACAGCUGUGCCUGGUAACACUGCCCAUGGUGACACAGGUUGGGCAGGGAUGGGGGAAUCACUGUACUCAGCCCUAUGGAAUGUCUCCUCAUCUCCUCCUGGACAUCCCUUGCCUGGGAUCAGCUCUCAGGCAGCACCCUCGGGUCAGCAGCCUCCAAGGGUGCAGUUGGGGGAAGGGAGCAGCAGGUGCUCCUCCUCUUCCUCUUCCUCCACUGCCUCCUCUUCCAUAUGAGCCACACUCCCACCAGAUCCACUUCUCACAGGCCCACCAAGAAGUCUCCAUCCUGGGUGAUUGUGGUGGCCAGCACAGAGGUGCUGAGGAUCUGAAACUCACUGUUUGUGGGUCAAACCCAUUGUUUUGGUUUUUUUUUAAGAACUGCCCAGUUUCUUGUUUGCUUGUUUAUUCAUUUCCAGUGCAAGAUGCCCAGCCUGUCCCUCAGCCAUGGCCCUGUGGAUGAUGCCCAUUGACCCAAGAGGUGUCCCUGGCCAGGACCUCUGUAGCAGUAGAGGCUUGUCUGUUGCUCCAGCUGCCACCAGCGCCCAGCUCCAGGGCUGUGCAUGGCAGAGAGCUGCUAGCCUGCUUCCUCCACCCACCCAAAGAUGACUCCCUCCUUUUGAAUGGUUUUCUUUAGGUGCUAAGAGCAUUUGCAAACCAGUGGCCAAACAUUCCCACAGCUGCUUCCCAGGUGCUCCAUUCCCUCGAGCAUGGUGUCCUGCCAGGCGCAGGCCCUUCCCACCUCCUGGCACUUUCCCUCUGUGUGACCUCGUGUCUCUUAUUGCUGAAUGGCACACACUGGAGCUCACGUGUGUCAUGUCCAUGGUGCUCGCCCUCCCUUGGCUUCAGCAGUGCCCCAGCUGCUCCCUCCUUUAGGCCUGGCACAUGAAAGUGGCUUUAAAACCAAACCAGCCCUGUGCUGUGGCAGUUGAGGCUGUGCCACGUGCACUGGCAGCACCUGGGGCUGUGCUGGGCCCCUCCUGCUGCAGCCCUUCACCAGGGGCUCAAGGACAACGCACAGUGGUUCUGAUCAGGGAUCUCUGAACAGGUAGGAUGGACCUGAAGCUGGAGCCAGCUGCUCUGACCAGCCUGGCACUGGGGCCACGUGCCUGCAGCACAUCACCCCUGGCCCUGUUAGGGUGUUGGGCCUGUGGCUCCCACACAAAAGGCCAGCAUUUCCCUACUGUCUUUCUUUGGGCUGCUGUUUGGGGACCCCUCGAGCCUGUCAGUCUGGGAAGCUCCUUGGGUUGUGCAGAUGCAUGUGGCUCUGGAAGUGACAUUCUGAGGGAGCAGUGGCUUGUCACAUCCUCCUCCUGCUCGUGCCCACUGCCCAGCACAGACCCCCAGGACAGAGCCUGGCUCCAUGGGUAGGGAGAAUCCAAGGGUGGUUGGGUUUCCGUCUGACAGUGUGAGCAGUGGGGAGAGGCAGCUUCUUGCAGACUAUUUCAUGGUGUCCUUUUAAAGUUGUCACUUGUAUGUCUGUGCUGAUUUUUUCCUGCACCUCUGGGUGCAGCUGAACACUGGGGACCAGCAGUUGGAGUGGUGGGGGAUGCUGGUUGUGCUGGCAGGGGGCUGUGGGGUCCAAUUCCUGCUGCCAUGAGGCACAGUCCCUGCUGCUGUGGGGCCCAAUCCCUGCUGCUGUGAGCACAGUCCCUGCUGCCAGUGGCCCAGGAGUGACAGCUGGGAAUGUGAGAUCGCCCUGUGCAGCAUGGCAGCCCCCAGCAUCACCCCUGGAGCCAUUGUGAUGUGUACAAGCUUAGGUUACUGCAAGUGUUUAUAAAGUUUCCAUGAUGUGAAA